CAACGACUUUAAAAAUGAAAACGGAAGCAAUUCACAAGACCAACAGACCAAGCUUAACCUAAGAGAAUGGCUGGCAAGUUUGACAAGCAAGCUGAUUUUUACUUGAAUGGUAGGCCAACUUAUCCAACCGAGUGGUACUCUAUGCUGGCUGCUCUCACUCCUCACCACUCUUUAGCUUGGGAUGUUGGCACCGGCAAUGGCCAAGCUGCUAUUGGUAUUGCAGAGCAUUAUGAGCAAGUAGUUGGAACCGAUGUGAGUGAGGCUCAGUUGAAACUUGCAAUGCCACACCCUCGCAUUCGAUAUCUCCACACUCCAUUAUCCAUGACAGAUGAUGAAUUAGUGGCCUUGAUUGGAGGAGAAAAUUCAGUUGAUUUGAUUACUGUGGCCACAGCUGUCCACUGGUUUGAGCUCCCAAAGUUCUACUCCCUAGUGACACGGCUUCUAAGAAAGCCAGGAGGUGUAAUUGCUGUUUGGGCUUAUAAAGGCAUAGUAGUUAGUCCCAUUUUUGAUCCCAUAAUGAAGCGUUUUUAUGACACAACUCUUCCCUAUUGGGAACCAAAAAUAGAAAGUGUAUUUGAUGAUUAUAAGACACUUCCAUUUCCUUUUGAAAGUGUAGGUAUAGGAUGUGAGGGGAAACCACAACAACUAGAUAUACCACAAGAGGUGUCAUUUGAGAAAUUCUUGAAUAUGUUAAGGUCAUGGUCUCCAGUAAAUACAGCCAAAGACCAAGGUGUUGAUUUGUUAUCAGAAAGCGUGGUUAAAGAACUUGAAAGUGCUUGGGGAGGACCUACAUUGAUCAGAUCAAUAACCUAUAAGGGCUUUAUGCUUGCUGGAAAAGUUAAGCUUUAAUUUUUUUUU